CUUCGGAAAAGCAAAGAACCUCUUCGAACUAGAAUAACUGUUACAAAAACUUCACAUCUUCGUUUCGACAGUUAAAUUUGGAGAAAAAUGAAGUGGGUAUUUCCUGGUUUUGAAGAAAAAAAAGUCUGAAUUUUAUGUAAUUUGGUUCACUGGAGCUUCGGUUUGUGCGUAAACAAGUUAAAGGAGUAAAGAACUGAAGUGGGUAUCACUGGGUUUUGUGCAAGGAGAAAAUUUUGGUUGAAAAGGCUUCGAUUUUUUGUUUGCAAUGGAAGAAGAGACGGGUAUAGACAAUGACUUGGGUGAUAAAUCUAGGGUUUUGGAUGUAAAACCGCUACGUUUUUUGGUUCCCCAAUUCUUUGAUGCAUCUAAUGGUCCGCCUUUCUUUUGUGCACCUCCUAAUGGCCCUUUUCCGUCUGGGUUUUCACCCUUUCCCCCCUUUACCGGACCACAAGGAUCCCAGUCAACACCUGGUCUUAAACAACACGAGUUCUGUUCAACUGCUGUGCCAAUUCGGUCAUUUAGAGCGGAACCAGUAGAGUCUAAUGGCCAACAUGUGCAUAAACAGAAAACGUCUGGGUUGAGUUCUAUUAAAAAGAAAGCGAAGAAGAGGAAAGUUUUUGAGUUUGCAUUCACUGCUCCUACUGAUUUCAAUCCUGGAAUUAGUUUAUCUGAGCGUGAUGACGGGAACAGGGAAUUGGUUGAAAAUGUGCUUUCGAGGUUUGAUGCACUUAGGAGAAAGCUUAGCCAAAUGGAGGAUGCGUCCGAACCGCAUUCUGGGGUUAUUAAGCGUUCAGUCUUAAAAGCUAGCAACAUAAUGAUGAGCAAAGGAGUGCGGACUAAUGCAAUAAAGAGAAUCGGGGUCGUUCCUGGUGUUGAAAUAGGGGACAUUUUCUUCUUCCGGUUGGAGUUGUGCUUAGUGGGGUUGCAUGCUCAGUCCAUGGCUGGGAUUGACCCCAUGCCGAUGAAGGGUGAUUUAGAGGGGGAGCGAGUGGCUGUGAGCAUCGUUUCCGCUGGAGGGUAUGAUGAUGAUGUCGAAGAUCCUGAUGUUUUGGUAUACACCGGUCAUGGUGGCAAUGCCAGUGGUGAUAAAGAAGCAUCUGAUCAGAAGCUUGUUAGGGGCAAUCUUGCUUUGGAAAGGAGCUUGCACCGAGCCAAUGAAGUAAGAGUCAUUCGGGGUUUUCAGGAUUCUUCCCACCAAGCGUCUAAGGUCUAUGUAUACGAUGGGAUUUACAAAGUCCAAGAGUCAUGGAUAGAGAAGGGGAAAUCGGGCUGUAAUAUUUUCAAGUAUAAACUAUUAAGGAUCCCCGGGCAAAAAGGUGCUUUUGCAACUUGGAAAAUGAUUCAGAAAUGGAAGGAAGGUUUGUCUUCAAGGGAUGGACUUAUUCUUCCUGACCUCACUUCCGGUGCGGAAAGCAUACCUGUUUCACUUGUGAAUGAGGUUGACGAUGAAAAGGGGCCCGCUCAUUUCACUUAUUUAUCUACUAUCAAAUAUCCAAAAUCAUGCAAAUUAUUGCAACCUUCUUUUGGCUGCAAUUGUUGUGAUGUGUGCCAAGCAGGAAAUUCAAACUGCACCUGCUUUAAAAAAAAUGGAGGUGAUUUACCUUACACUGCCUAUGGGAUUCUAGUGUGUCGAAAACCCAUGAUAUAUGAAUGUGGUUCCUCAUGCCUGUGCCUUCGUAACUGCAAAAAUAGAGUUGCACAGACUGGUUUUAAGGUUCACUUUGAAGUUUUUAAGACAAGAGAUAGGGGUUGGGGUCUGCGAGCAUGGGACCCUAUUCGUGCUGGUACUUUUAUUUGUGAAUAUGCAGGUGAAGUUAUUGACAACGUUGAUGCAAAGCAGGAUGGGGGAAAUGACGAAAGCAAUGAGUAUGCUUUUCAUACAAGUCGAGUGUAUGAAUCCUUCAAGUGGAAUUAUGAAGCCGAGUUAGUAGGAGAGGACAGUUCCGCCACUUCCGAAGAUUAUGAUAUUCCAUCUCCCCUAAUCAUAAGUUCGAAGAACAGUGGAAAUAUAGCUCGGUUUAUGAAUCACAGUUGCUCUCCAAAUGUUUUCUGGCAGCCAAUCAUGUAUGAACAUAACAAUGAAGUUCUCCUCCAUAUUGCUUUUUUUGCUAAGAGGCACAUCCCUCCGAUGACAGAGCUGACAUUUGAUUACGGCAUUCCGCGCUCCGAUGAGAAGGAAAGUAACGUGGAAUAUGGAAAAAAUAAAUGCUUAUGUGGAUCAGCGAAAUGCCGAGGUUAUUUUCAUUGAAGACAAUCGAAACUUUUGGCAUUUUGAACUGAGUCUCGGACCUCUGUCAUCUUUUUGUGGAAUCAAGUAACUCUGUAUUUCCAUUUUCGUGUUCACAGGCUGUUCUAGGGUUAAUCUUAUGCCGUUACGUGCAGAAUUGACAAGUUAUAGAAAGUUAGAAACCAUAUAUGGGAUGUUUUGAUUUCCGUAGGUUAACAGGAGUUACUUGAGAAAUGCCAUAAUGCUUAGUAUUUCACUUAAUUUCUUGUCUUAAAAUCACCUUUGAACAGUUGUUCUUUUACCUGUCCUUGACUCUUUGCCCAUGAAUUGGUUUUUUGAUUGUGUGGUUAAAUAUAUUUUA